AUGAAUAUCAAAACUGAUCAUAACUUACUUGAAGCUUGUAUGGAUGCGUGGGCUGAGUCGUUUAAAGAGUAUUUGUCAGAAGAUAAUUUGUGUGCUGAAUCUUAUUAUGAGAUUCAGAAACUUGUUCAUAGUCUUAGCUUACCUUCAGAGAUGAUAGAUGUGUGUAUAGACAACUGUAUGAUCUACUGGAGGAAAGAUGCAGAAUUGUUGGAGUGUAAAUUUUGCAAGAAGCCACGAUAUAAACCAGAAGGACGGGGGCGGAAUAGGGUACCGUACCAGCGGAUGUGGUACUUACCUAUUACAGAUAGACUGAAGAGAUUAUAUCAAUCUGAAAAGACUGCAGCAUCGAUGAGAUGGCAUGCCGAACAUACUCAGAAGGAAGGCGAGAUCAAUCACCCAUCAGAUGCAAAAGCGUGGAAACACUUAAAUUCGGUUCACAAAGAUUUUGCAAGCAACAUUCGCAAUGUUUAUCUUGGAUUAUGCACAGAUGGAUUUAGUCCUUUUGGAAUGUCUGGAAGACAAUACUCGCUUUGGCCAGUCAUCCGGACGUCAUACAACCUUCCACCAGAGAGGUGUAUGGAAAGAGAAUUUCUUUUCAUGAGUAUAUUGAUACAUGUGCCUAAGCAUCCGAAGUGGUCUCUCGAUGUUUUCCUACAACCUCUGAUAGAAGAAUUGAAGGAAUUAUGGUUGGACUACGCAUGGGAGACUAGCUUGUCCUUAUUGUAUGGGAAGCAAAGAUGCAUUUCAGCUGUAGCAUGGUCAAAAGUGGUUGUACGGGACACUGCACCACCUUAUUUAUCUAGAGAGGAAAUCGAGAAAGAUAUUGAUUACUAUGGUGCAGAAGAAACAAUCAGCAAAGGAGGUAAUUGGCAUACUACUGCAAAUAUGGCUGCUGAGAAGAACUUCGUUGACAACAUCAUCAAUACAUUAUUGAACGUCUCAGGGAAGACAAAAGAUAACAAGAACUCAAGGUUGGAUUUGCUUGCAUUAUGUUCUAGGAGUGAGCUGCAUAUUAAAGACGAUGAGAAAAUUCCGGUUCCCAUUUUCAGAUUGCCAGCAGAAGCAAAAGCGGCGUUGUUCAAGUGGGUGACCUCAGAUGUGAAGUUUUCAGAUGGAUACGUAUCAAAUCUAUCAAGAUGUGUUGAACAGGGGCAUAAAUUUUCAGGGAUGAAGAGUCAUGACUGUCAUGUGUUUAUAAAACGAUUUCUACCAUUUGCAUUUGCGGAGUUGCUUCCAAAAAAUGUUCACGAAGCACUUGCAAGUAUUGGAGCUUUUUUUAGAGAUCUAAGCUCACGUACCUUAACUGAAGAUGUCAUCAGACAACUUGAUGAGAAUAUCUGGAUCUUAAUGUGCAAUAUGGAGAAAAUUUUUCCUCCAUCAUUUUUUAACGUCAUCGAACAUCUAGUUGUCCACCUUACGUAUGAGACAUUGCUUCGUGGACCGGUGCAUAAUGGUUGGAUGUAUCCUUACGAGCGAUCCAUGAAACAUUUGAAAGGGAAAUCAAAAAAUCUUGCAAGGGUGGAAGGUUUAAUCGUUUCUUGGAGUUUGAAUGAAGAAACAUCUCACUUCACCUUGUACUACUUUGGGUCACAAGUCCGUACACGAAAAAGGGCUCCAACUAGAUAUGAUGACGAUGGUGUUAUGCCGAGAUAUAUUGUUGAAGAUGUUCCAUACAUAUUCUGUCAGAUUAGACGUCUAGGUGGAAAACUAAAAGAAGUUUGGUGGUCGAGUACAGAAGACGCUCAGAUCGUCCACACAUAUAUACUCCUUAACUGCGAGGAGAUGCAGUUAUUCGAAAGCGAUUUUGUGGAUCAAGUUAAAGAAACUAUACCCGAAAUAUCAACUAAUGAUCUCAAUAAACGAAAAGACCAACACUUUGUUGAUUAUGAUGAUCCAGAUUACAGUUCGUGGGUUCAUGAAUUGAUACAAGGUCUCGUCGCUAAGGUCACCACAACACCUAUGUACUUCACACAAGGUUACAAUUUUCACACCUACGAGUAUGGAAGUCGUCGAGCAACGGUUAACUAUGGAAUAUGUGUGAAAGGUGAAAGAUAUUUCUAUGGGAUCUUACAAGAGAUCAUCGAAGUGGAAUUCCCUGGUUUAGUGAAGAUGAAAUGUGUCCUCUUCAAAUGUGACUGGUUCGACCCCACAGAGAAUAGAGGUGUUCGGUAUAACAAGUUUGGAGUUGUGGAUAUCAAUGCUACACGGAGCCGCUAUAAAAGUUACACCUCGGGCCGAGUAUUGAGUGAUGAACAACCGCCUUGGCAAGAAGAUGUCAUAAAUGAAGUGGACAUACCAGAAAAAGCUACAGAUGAAAUCUUACUUGUUGAUCCGCAAAACCCGAGAUAUGAAGAUCUGCCCUACGAAGUAGCGGAUGAAGCCAUCGAAGAUGAAUUUGAAGAAAGAGAUGAUCCGGAUGAUGGUUCUGAUGACGAGUGA